AUGGCGCCCCCGAAACUGCCGCUCAAAGCCGGCGACGACUACACCGUCCUAGCCCUGACGAUCCCGCCCAGCACCGCCUACCCGCGCGCCGCAACACACUGCAUGUACGUGCGGGCGCACGCGCCCAAGAUCCCCUCCGCCGACAGCGCGCGCUCGCUGUUCGCGGUCAACGUGCCCGUCGACGCGACCGAGGGCGCGCUGCGCGCGCUGUUUGCUGAGCAGCUUGGGGGCGCGCGGAUUGAGCGGGUGGACAUUGAGCGAGAAGGAGGGGGGAAGAGCGCGCGCAAGCAAGGCGCAGCGACGGGGACGGUGAGCCGGAAGCGCAAGCGGGGAGGGGACGAGGAGGGCGCGGACGGUGACGGGCUGCCGCUGCCGAGGACGUGGGAGCGGGAGCUUUUGAGGAGUGGGGGGGGCGCGGUGCUCGUGUUUGUGGAUCGGGCGAGCGCGGAGGCCGCGCUGAAGGAGGUUGUGCGCGCGGCGAGGAAGCGGCGCGAGGUUGUGUGGAAGGGGGAGGGGGCGCUGGGGGUGGAGCGAUACCGCACGCACCAGACCCUCACCUUCCCAGCGCGGCACGAGCUCCAAGCGCGCAUAAACCGCUACCUCGCGCACUUCGCCACCACGGAAUCCGCCCGCGCCAAGGCGCUCGCCCGCCAGCGCAGCGUCCCGGACGCCGACGGCUUCGUAACCGUGACGCGGGGCGGGCGCGCCGGGCCCGCGCGCCUCGACGAGGCCCAGGCCGCCGCCGACAAGCUCAAGCAGCGCCACAGGGCCCCCGAGGACUUCUACCGCUUCCAGACGCGCGAGAAGAAGAAGGAGAGCGCCGAGAAGCUGAAGCGGGACUUUAUUGAGGACCGCAAGCGGGUGGAGAGGAUGCGGGCGAGGAGGGGCAAGACGCUCGUGAGUGCUGUUCCUGUUGAUUGA